GUUGGGUGGGAGACAGAGAACGACGACGACAAACGACAACAAGACUGCAGUCGAGGUGCACAACAGCAGCACCAGCCAGCGCAACAACACACCUCCCGGUGCUUGACCCCUCCUCAUCCAUGGCGCCGACGCUGAAGCAGCGAAGGAAAGAUGCGCGAGCACUUGCCCUGUUGGAACGGUGCGAGGAAAUACUUCAUGCAGACAAAGAAGCAGCCUCGUGCGUGCUCUUGCUGGCAAACGUGGCCCGAGCCUUUGGGCACACCCCAGCGCAGGUGCUUGCCUUGUUUCAAGGCGAGGAGGGCCUCCAAGGCGAGGCCACCGACGUUGCUGCCGUCGCACUGCCUCCAGCGCGGGCCCAGUGCUUUGUAUUUAUGCGCUCCCACCAAGCAGCCCGUGAGGCCAGACAACAGCUCGAUGAGCGCAUGUGCAAGACGCUGCAGCGCCGCGUGUUUGCUCGGUUUGCUCAGCCCACGCAUCCAGCCGUCCUGCGAGCCCGGGAUAUAGCCGUACCACAGUUGGGUGCCGUGCCACUCCAACACCCGCGCGACCACAGCUCCCAGCAGCACACGGCCCUUGCGCACCAGCACCUCACGCAACAACAGCAACAGCAGCAGAAGCUUCCGCCGGGCUUGGCCCUGUAUACGGCGUUUGUGUCGGAAGAGGAAGAGCAGGCGCUGCUCGACUGUGUCAAGGCAGCUGAGCCGUGCGGCGUGACACGGCUGAAGAUGCGGCGCGUUCAGCACUUUGGCCAUUUUUUCGACUACGACACCUUCACCGUCUCCGAUCAGGCCGUGCCGCCAAUUCCGCAACGCAUGGCGGGCGUCCUCCGCCGCAUGCAGCUCGCAGCGCAGCAGCUGGGUGAUAGUGACAGUGGCGCUGGUGAUGGUAGCGAUGGCGGGGAUGGUGACAGUAGCCGUUGUGGUGACGGUAGCCGUGGUGAUGGUAGCGAUGGCGGGGAUGGUGACAGUAGCCGUUGUGGUGACGGUAGCCGUGGUGAUGGUAGCGAUGGCGGGGAUGGUGACAGUAGCCGUUGUGGUGACGGUAGCCGUGGUGAUAGUGGCGGUGAUCAUCAUGGACGUUGCCGCAGCAACACGGAUGUUCACAGCGAUGGACAGCAGGGAGACGACCCGAGUCGGCUGUGCAAACGCCCUCAGGACAGCAGCCGCCACGAGCGUGAUUGCGAGCCCAUUGACCAGCUCACCGUCAACUACUAUUCGCCUGGCGAGGGCAUUCCACCGCACGUCGACGCGCCGUGGGCGUUUGGCUCCACCAUCUUCAUCCUCAGCCUAUGCAGCGGCAUCGCCAUGACCUUCAAGCCCGUUGAUCCAACAGCUCCUGGCGUUGACGCCGCAGACGCAGACACCAGUGCACAUGACGAUGGCCCUGGGCGUGGUGGUCGUGGUGGUCGUGGUGGUCGUGGUGGUCGUGGUAGCGGGCACGAGGGUGGCGACGCAGACGCAAAUCACGUGGCAAGGGUCGAUGAAUGGCAACAUCUGAAGCAGGCGGGCGAGGAGCCGCGGGAAAGCCGCGUAGACCAGAAGCAGCAACACCUAAACCCGGCGCGGUUGUCCCGUGGAUAUGGGUUUCAGUUGAUGAAAGAGGGUGCAUCGGCGCGAGGAGGAAAUGAGCCAGCACACCAGAAGCAUUGCAAUCGACAGGGGAGACAACAAGCAGAGGAGCACGCAAAGGAGCAGGAAAGGCAACAAGCAGUGCAACAUGGAAAACCACGAGCAGUGCAGCAGCGGCGGCACCAGCAGCAGCAACAACAACAACAACCACAACAACAACAACAACCACAACAACAACAACAACAACAGCAACAACAACAACAACAACAGCAACAACAACCACAACAACAACAACAACCACAACAACAACAACAACAACAACAACUCAACAUUCCGCGUGCGGUGGAGCUGCACUUGCCGGCGAGAUCACUGUUGGUGGUACGAGGAGAAGCGCGGUACAGGUGGACCCACUGCAUCCCAGCCCGCAAAACAGAUUUGGUGCAAGGGGUUCCAGUCCCGCGCAAGCAGCGCGUCUCCCUCACUUUUCGACACGCUCUCCGCCAUGCCAUCACCCACAGCUAACCGUCAGGACCGCGACGGUUGCCUGCGACAUGCCGUGCCUGAGUUGCUGUGUAUUUAAUUGACUGCAAGCAAGCGUAAAUAACAUAAAUGUAAGCACAGGAC